UGGCGUCAUUCUGUGGCGCCAAAACAGUCUCCUCUCAGCUUCUGCAGAGUACCUCCAUUGUGGACAUACACACUUAUCUAGGACGAAAACAAAAUCACGUGUGUGGUGUUUAAUGUGUCACCCACAUCUGCUGUUUUUUUUAGCGCGUCUAGUGGUCUUUAGCCCCUGUCGGUCUCGCCAUGAACGACGACGAUGAUUUGAUGUCAAGUUUUCAUUCAGAUCAACUCCAUGCUAAUGUGGCGUCUGUUCCUGAUGGACUUUGCUGGGUGUCAGUUCUCUCCUGUUUAUUGCUUGCGUGCUCCUAUGUUGGAAGUUUAUACGUUUGGAAAAGCGAUUUACCAAGGGAUCAUCCUGCAGUGAUAAAGAGGCGCUUCACCAGUGUACUGAUUGUAUCCGCUCUGUCUCCAGUGUUUGUGUGGGCAUGGAAAGAUUUCACAGGCAUCCAGCCUGGUCCUUCAUUACCGGCCCUUAUGGGGAUCCGGUUGGAGGGUCUUAUUCCUGCUAUCAUUCUUCCGCUGCUAUUGACCAUGGUGCUGUUUCUGGGCCCUCUGAUCCAGCUAGCCAUGGAUUGCCCCUGGGGUUUCAUCGAUGGGAUGAAAGUUGUAGUCGACCCUUGCUUCUGGACGUUGUGUCUGGGUGACAUGCGCUGGCUGAGGAACCAGGUUGUGGCGCCAUUGACAGAGGAGCUGGUUUUUCGAGCAUGCAUGCUUCCCAUGCUAGUACCCUGCGCCGGCCCCUCCACCGCAAUCUUCACAUGCCCGCUCUUCUUUGGAGUUGCUCAUUUUCACCAUGUAAUUGAGCUCCUGCGGUUCAGACAGGGCACUGUCUCAGGGAUUUUCCUCUCUGCAGUGUUCCAGUUCUCCUACACUGCAGUAUUUGGAGCUUAUACAGCCUUUAUAUUCAUCAGGACAGGUCAUUUGGUGGGUCCUGUGCUGUGCCAUUCCUUCUGCAACUACAUGGGUUUUCCAGCUCUCAGCACAGCCCUGGACCACCCGCAACGGCUCACGAUUCUCUCCUUCUACGUGCUGGGGGUCGUUCUCUUCUUCCUCCUCUUCUUCCCCAUGACUGAUCCACUCUUCUACGGUUUGCCCACACCCGUCUGCACCCUGACCUCCACUUCUGGAUCCAUCUGCUCCUGAUCCAUCCAUACCUCCAUCCCGCAUUUCAUCCAUUCCUUCUCUCCAGCCAUUUGAAAAGGAGUGGCUGUUUUGCUGCUGGUUUCACCAGGAGAGCGAGGGACUGCUGGAGAACAGGUAUGAAAAUUCACAGCCUCUGUGAGGUGGUGCGUGGAAGGACUCGGUGGAUGCAAAACAUCCUCAGGUUGCACUGGCCAUUCUUUUCACGAUUCAGCCGAUGUUGUGUUAUCAAGUGACUUCAGCUAAGAGCCAGGCCUACAAGUUAAUUAUAUGCGUUUGCAUGUUUAUCUGACAAUAUUUCAGUGUGUUUAUCUUGAAAUUGGUGCUAGGGAUAAAGAUCAGGCACUAUUACGGGUUUCCUAGAAAGAUUUGUAUGCUGAAAUGUGCAUUGCUAAAAUGCUAGAUUCCCUAUUUUUUUGUUGUGAUAUUAUAAUCUUGCUCACAUACAACGUACCUUGUUCGAUCUGGUGCCCUUACUUGAAGACAACAUUAGUUUUUACAGAUGUUACAUAUUUUGUUUUACUCUACUCUACACAAGUCAAUAGGCUUAAAUUUAAAUAAAAGUCUUUAGGCACGCUUUUGGAGCAAAACACCUAGACCUAUUAGAGUAACAAAAUGUAGUGAGUAUGUAAGAGAAGUUGAAUUGCCCUGAGCACACAGCUUUUUGUGUAGGUCUAGAUAGAAUUGUGGCCUCAUGCACAACAUUUCAAAUAUGAGGUCUUUUUAAAGCAUUGAUCAAUCCUGCCUUGGCCAUUUGUUAAUUAAAAAAAAGAGGAAAUACCAGUUACAGUCUAUAUUGUAUAGUGGAUAUUCAGUGAUAGAUUUUGACCAAUGGUAUUUUAUUCAAAGUUAAAGCAGAGCUGAAGACAUUCUUUUUUACAUCAGCAUAGGAAUUUCUUUUCUUGUUAAUUUAGUAUGGUAGCAGUGGAGGAUGUUGAGGUAAAUUUUACGCUUCUGCUUUAGUAAUGGUGGAAAUUCCAACACUUUCUUUUUAUGAGUACUACCUUGUAGGCAUAAACCACCUGCAACAACAUUGAAACUACCUAUAUCAGAGAAUUACACUUCGACUGAUAUGUUUUACAUGGUAAAUCUGAAAGUUAAGCUUUUUAUAAACCUUUUAUAUAUAAAAAUGGCAUAGUCAAGUUUUAUGCGGGAUCCUUCACCAUGGAGUGUUAGUGAAAACUCAUACCACUUAUCUGCAUGCUGCUACACUGGUGACAUAUGGAUGUUCGAAUGAUGAUUGAUAUAGAAACACACCAAAUACAACUUACAUAACUGCUUAUAGGAAUAGUUCACCCAAAAAUGAAAUCUCUGACAUCUGUA